AUGGGUGUCCAUUCCUCCAAAGUUGCACCCCAAGGGGGGUUCGAGCAAGGGGAGGCUUCAGGGGUUCAGAGGCCAGAGCAGGAGGACUGGCCCGAGCCAUGGUCUGAGAGCAGAGCAGAUCCUGAGGCGGCAACUGGGCCCCAGCAGCUCCCCGCCUCCGCGGGGCAGCCAGAGCAGGUCCUGGAUUCCAAGAGGGGAUUCACCGGUCCCGGAAGCCCAGGGGCAGCAGCCACCCCCUGGGAGGCCCCGCUGCCACACCAACCGCCUGGAGCAGCCCCUCGCCCGGGGCUUCCAGAGGAUGGGGCUGGCAGUGGGCUCGCACCCCUGGCUCUUCCUGCUGGCGCCCCUGGUGCUGACGGCUGUCCUGGGUACCGGUUGACGUACCUGCACAGGGAGACUGAAGAGAACCUGGAGGAGCAGUACACCUCUUUGGGUAGCCCCGGCAAAGCCGAGCUGCACUUCGUGCAGGCACAUUUCUCCAAUAACGAGUUCCACCUCUUCUCCCCGUUGUGGUCCAGUGCGGAGGUCAACUUUGCCUCCAUCCUGGUGAUGUCCAACACUACCAAUCUGCUGGAUCAAGUCAUCUUCUCAGAAAUGAGUCAACUGGACGAGGCAGUGCAGACGCUGACUGCGCCUUGGGAAGAUGGAACCCAGGUCCUCUACCCUCAGGUGUGUGCCAGGUACCAGAGCACCUGCAUGCCCUCCAACCCACUCCUGUUCAUCUGGCAGAAGAAUAACAUCAUGGACCUGAAAAGCAUCACUUUCCCUAUUUACAACACCUCCGCUGCUCCCCUCUACUUGGCCAACCUCUUGGGAGGAACAGUCCUAGGUCCCGGCGCAGGGACAAGCCGCUUACUCCUGUAAGCCAAGACCAUGCGGCUGCAGUACUACCUGAAGACCGCAGACCCCGAGGAAAGCCCGUGCAGCCAGAAGUGGCUGCUCGAGUUCCUGGACCAAAUUCACGCCAUUGAAAAGUGCUUGGCCUUGAAGAACAUCCAGGUGGUCUAAUUCACAUCACUUUCUAGGAAACUUGAAUUUGAGGCAAGUGCUAGGACAGUGGUCCCUUUCUUUUACACGGCAUACCUUCUGAUCAUAUUAUCUGCCAUCAUAUCAUGCUACAGGUAAAAAUCUCUUAUUAGUUUUUAAACUUAAAAAUAUUUGUUGUAAGAUAUUUAACGUAACACAUGCCAUCCCCAUGGCUGCAUACUGUCGUGACUGUUUCCAAUAUCUUUUAUAACCCAAAGGAGGAACUCUGUGACCAGUGAGCAGUGUCUCCUGCUGCCCUUCUCUCCUCCAGUCCUGAUUAACCUUGACUCUAUUCUUUCUACGAAUUUGUCUUUCCUAGGUUUUCAUGUCAACAAAAUCAUACAUUUUUUUGUACUGACUUAUUUCACUUAUCAUAAUGCUUCCAGGGUUUGUCCUUGUGCACGUGUGACAACUUUAUUCCACUCUAUUGGCUCUGUGCUCCAUUGUAUGUGUGCUCCACAAUUUGGUUGCCCGCAGUCUUUUGUAGGCAUGGAGUAUUUACUUCUCUUGACAAUCCUAACACUGCAAGGAACAUGGUGCGCUCAUAUUAAGAGAGUCAUUUACAAGUGGAAUUGGUGGGUUGUAUGAGAAUUCCAUAGUCAGCUAUUUGAAGAACCAUCACAUUGUUUUCCAGAUU